ACCCACGGUAGCACCUGCACCUGCGCCAGCGCCAGCGCCGGCUUUUGCAUUCGCACCUGCAGACUGGGGCACCCAUUUCCUCCUUUCGAACGGCCACCGACUAACCUCAUCACAACCUGCACAAUGCUUUCAUUCUCACCUACACACUCUCACCUCAUCGUCCUCAACACUGAGCCUCGAUGAUCCGUCAACGUCGCCGUGGUCGCUGUCUCUCGUUUUGCGACCGAUAAUCCUCUCAUCCGACUCGAUUCGACGGCCACCGCGCUCUUCUUCUCAAUCCCGCCCUUUGUUAUCAACUUGCCAGCACCAAUAACUCAGUGCUCGCGUUCGUUCUUUCACCCGUCGACAGUCAGCCUUCCCUUUGACUCGAUCGACCACGCUCCCUCGCACUCAUUCCUUCUUGGACCACAAUCGGAAUCUCGUGGCCAGUUCCAAUAGCCGACGUACCCCUUACCGCGCCCUCGCGCUUGCCGACGAGUCUACACCUACAAUUUGUGGUUAUUGUCUUUGUCUUCUCAAUCACUUGGCUGGACCAACUAUUGGAGGAACCGCAACGGCUGCAAUCUUCUUUGUUGGACAGGCUCGGACAAGAUUAGGUCAAAGAACACUCGAAAUACAUGCUCAGCCGUCUUCCAUACUAGGCCGCUCUCGACUGUUGAAGAUUGGACAAAGCAACCUUGUCGACAAAUUCUCCUGCAACUGAGCACACCCUCACUUGGAUUUGGAUUUGACACAACUAAGACGGUGCGACCGCUCGCGCAAGAUAGACGCACUUUCAGAGCCUGUGAAAGACGAUUGCAUCCGGAAGCAUUUUAAGGGAUCGAUUGAUCCUAGCCACUCUUUUGAACAACACGCUCACCCUAUACACUCGCUUACUACAAUUGAAAUACUUUUUUCGUCUACAACAUGAAGCUCUCAUCCAUUACCCUGUUUUCUGCACUGCUAGCAGUUUCUUUCGCAGAAGCGGUCCCUGCCUCUGAUCCAAGACGAACCGACCUCAAGCCCAGGUACUAUUUUCCUCGGGUCGUCAAGAGACAGGUCCUUGGCUUGAACACAACUUCAACAGACACCAGCAGUACGAGUUCCGCUGAUUCCGGAGUCGGAAGUCUUCUCGAUUCUGUAGGAAACGCACUGUCCGGGGUAGCUUCCGCUAUAUCAGGCGAUUCCACGACCACUCCUGCACGCACAGAUGCGACUGUAACGGAUUCCUCGACUGAUUCCCAGACGACAAGCGCAGCCACAGGCCCAGUAUCAUUUGCGGCUAGUACAACCACGGACUCGUCGGAUACUGCGUCUGAAACUCAGCAAUCUACUACUGACACUGAUUCGGCGGCGACCACAACAAGCACCGAUCUUCCCAGUACCAUCACAGACGCUGCGACCACAAGCUCAUCUGACGAUGGUAUAACUUUGGGAUUAGGCUCGAUUAUAACGGGUAGUGAUUCAUCAACGCCAACUACCACCGAUGAUUCGGCCACGGCCACGGCCACUGCAACUGAUUCUACGACCGACACAGCGGCUGCGAGCUCUGCACUGGUAUCAGCAAGCGAUGCGGCGACAUCAAUCCUUUCUGUCGCAAGUUCACUACAAUCUGUUGCUGUGACAGCGGCUAGCUCAGACAUCGCAUCCAUCUCCUCAGCCCUGUCCUCUGCCGCAUCGGUGGCUUCCUCAAUCGCGUCCGAUGUGAGCUCAGCGGACUCUGUGAUCUCCACUGCCGACCCAACUACAACAACAUCUAGCCCAACUGAUGUGGUAUCUGACUUGAGCUCUUUCAUCUCCGAUCUCACUACAACACCCACGGAUGUAUUCACGACACCUACAACUACCCCAACUGAUACACCUACUGUGGGCACAGAUGUUACGACAACUCCGACAACGACGCCCACUGAUAGCCCCACGAUCGGUACUGCCUCAACAACACCGACCGAUAGUCCGACGAUUGGCACGGCCUCGACGACCCCAACGACAACACCAACGGACAACGGGACCAUCACAACAACACCCACAACGACACCCACUGACAUAAACACCACCACUCCCACGACCACUCCACCCCCUACCGAUAUCACAACCACUCCAACAGUGACUUCCACUCCAGACGCUGGGAAUUCCACGACCACUCCGGAAGUGACGUCUCCGACGACAACGAGCGAUACGAUCGUGACAACUCCUACUGAGACCCCUACGCUUGCACCGACCCUGACACCUUCGGCUAAUCUGACGACUAUCCCCGCCACCACAGAGAGGCCAAGCACCUCAGUACCUCUUACCAACACUAUCAAGCCUACUGGUACUGAUUCAGCUACUGCUCUGACCCCGGAGUCCAGCAUCAUCUCGGCUACCUCUACGGCGUCAUCGAGCUCCUCGAAGUCAACGUCUAGUGCUGCUGUCAUUCCGACCUCUCUGCCCCGAGUCAUUCAACCUCCGGGAGGCGCCGACACUGCCCCACAGAAUUCUACUUUGAUCCAGAUCGGCUUCAAUUAUGGUCUCAACUAUGCGUUCGUGGUUUCAUCUCAGACUGCUGUCUCACAGAUAUUCUCGUAUCUUCCGCCUGGAAUUGGCCAUGGUAUCGACCAGGACUCGAGUGACGUGAUUAUGCAGUAUUUGCAGCCAUACAACACUCUGAACACACUGGACUAUAUUACAACUCUGGCUAUGGCAUAUAUUCCUUCGGAGAUGGUCAACGCACUCUCGGUAAAUCUCCUCAACCCGAACUCGGACCUCUAUAGCAAUCCCAACCCGUCAGUGGCCACCUUGAUGAGCAUGAUCGACCCGUCAAUUCCCAUCCUGCCUGGAUCUGCUAUGCAAAACUCAGGCACUCCCAUCAACACCGCAAACAGUGCUGCCACCACUUCCGACAGUGGUACAUCAAACGAUGGAGCACCAGGUUCUUCGGAUAGCGGUGGUGACUCCUCCGUCCGUCCUUCAUCGGUCGGCAUUGCGGUGGGUGCCGUUGCCGGUGCUGCAGUCUACGGUGCAGCCAUGUUCCUUGUUGCGCGGCGAUACAAGAAGAAGAAAGCAGGCCAUCAAAGGUCAAGUAGUGUACAAUCUGGUCGUGGCAACCGUCCCGGAGAACAAUCAAACCUGAUGGUUGCCGGUGCUCGCGGCAGCUACGGUACACGCUUUGGUGGUCGAACAUCUCGAAACAGUGAUCACAGUAAUUCCAACCGAAGCGGUCGGACAUACAUCAGUCCGCCGGUGAUGGCCGAAAACAGCUUGGGCUGGAAUUAAGAGAUGACAUGAUGCGCAGAAAGAUCUUGUACAGAGAUGAUCAUCCACAUGCCCGUCUACGACAACCUCACCCUUUAUCCAUAUAGUGCUUUGUUUCCUUUUUACUACUUUGAUUUUUCUGGAAAUUGGGGUGGCUUGCAGAUUUUCCCUACAUUCCGUGGCAUUCAGAGGCGCAGGUCAAAAGUCCGGGGUUGAGCAGAUGUUGUUGGGCGAUAGCAUGCCUAGCAAUGUUUGGACACAACGGAGGUGCAUAUUACGUGUAGUGGGGGAAAUGUGGUGAGCAAGCAUUUCGAAGAUAGUUUGGUGAUGUGAUAGGACCAACGUGAAAACUUCUGAAAACAUACUCUUCCACGGUUUUAUGAUGGUUCUGCUGGUCCAUGGGUUUUGAACAUGCCUUCCUCCCUGAUCCUAGACGUCCCCGACAGCGUUAUAUGAGAC